UAGAAAAGAUAAAAAAAAAAAAAAAAAAAAAAAGUAGUUUUCUCAAUCUCUCUGGAUCUAGCUGAGCAGCAUUUCAGCUGAUACUUGCUUGUUAAGCUAUGGUGACGAUCCGGAGCGUUUCAGUCUUUAUCCUUGUUCUGCUGGCUGUGUCAAGUCUUCUUUUGGUUGCAAAUGGGGAAGACAAGACGAUUAAAGUGAAGAAAGUGAAGGGAAAGAAAGUGUGCACGCAAGGGUGGGAAUGUGUCUGGUGGUCUGAGUACUGCUGUAACCAGACCAUAUCAGAUUACUUUCAGGUUUACCAGUUUGAGCAGCUCUUCGCCAAAAGAAACACUCCCAUAGCUCAUGCUGUUGGUUUCUGGGACUACCAGUCCUUCAUCACCGCCGCUGCUCUCUUCGAGCCUCUCGGGUUUGGUACCACUGGUGGAAAGCUCAUGGGACAGAAAGAAAUGGCUGCCUUCCUCGGUCACGUCGCCAGCAAAACCUCCUGUGGAUACGGAGUCGCGACAGGAGGGCCUUUAGCUUGGGGUCUUUGCUAUAACAGGGAGAUGAGUCCAAUGCAAUCUUACUGUGACGAGACGUGGAAAUACAAGUACCCUUGCAGCCCUGGAGCUGAGUACUACGGACGUGGUGCUUUACCCAUCUACUGGAACUUCAACUACGGUGCAGCUGGGGAAGCUCUAAAAGCCGAUCUCUUGAACCACCCCGAGUACAUCGAGCAGAACGCGACGCUUGCCUUCCAAGCUGCAAUCUGGAGAUGGAUGACACCGAUCAAGAAAGCUCAGCCGUCAGCUCACGACAUCUUUGUUGGGAACUGGAAGCCGACAAAGAAUGAUACUUUGUCCAAACGUGGCCCGACUUUUGGUACCACGAUGAACGUCUUGUACGGUGAGUACACAUGUGGUCAAGGUGACAUUGAGCCAAUGAGCAACAUAGUCUCGCACUACUUGUACUUCCUCGACCUCUUGGGUAUUGGAAGGGAAGACGCGGGGCCAAACGAGGAGCUCAGCUGCGCUGAGCAGAAGGCAUUUAACCCUGCAACUGCACCUUCUACUUCCCCUUCGUAAGUCUCUCUCCGUAUUUGCCUUUGUUCUCAAGUCACAUUGCUUCAUUCGAGAAGUGUUUACGUACAAUAAGUGUAUGAUUUUUAUUUAGGGCUCGUCCCUGUAGAACUUAUACAAACGAAAUUUUUAUAUUUUUGUGUAUUGUAUAUGGUAUUGAAAUUGUUGUAUUUUCAAUGUGUAAAAGUAAGAAAGAAUGUGUGUUGCGAUUGGUGUUUCUAUUCGUUUAUUAUAUAACUAUAAGUUUGUUUUUGA